CGCCCAUCUCCCACCUCUUGGGAGGAAAAUUCAUCGCAGAGCCAGGCGCUAGGGCUUCGAUCGCGGCAGCGAAUGGAGCUGGCGGCAUAGAUUCUAGCGCUGGAUGGAGAGCGGCGGCGGCGGCGAUGCCGAUGCCGAUUUCGAUGCUCCGUCCAGCAAAGCUCUGGCGAGGAAGGAGAUUGUGGCGUAUGGGAUUGGCCAUAUGCUCAAUGAUCUCACGGCCGCUUGCUGGUUCACGUAUUUGCUCAUUUACCUCACCGACGUCGGCUUGACUCCACGAGAGGCUGCGCUGGUGAUGCUUUGCGGCCAAGUUUCUGAUGGACUCGCUACAGUCGCUGCUGGGUAUAUGAUCGAUUUGUUUGGAGGAUUUAAGAUAUGGCAUGGCGGAGGUUCGUUGCUUGUUUCGAUCUCCUUUUCUUCCGUGUUUGGGGGAUGUUCCGUGUGUGUCAUCACGGGAAACAAGACGCUUCUUGUGGAGACACUUGGCUACAGCGUCUUUGCGGCCAUUUUUAAUAUCGGUUGGGCCGCAACUCAAGUCUCUCACAUGUCUCUCGUUAAUUGCAUCACGGCAAAUCCCACCAGCCGAGUGGCCUUGAACAGUUGUAGAAAUGCCUUCACCAUGGUUGCAAAUCUCUUGCUCUAUGGCAUCGCGUUCUUGGUUUUCACUUUCAAAUCGAAUGACAAUGUUGAGAGACAGUAUCGGUGGAUUGCCAGUGCUAAUGUAGCUAUAGGUGGCUUUUUUGUUCUCAUAUUUCUUCUAAGUGUAAAAGAACCAAGAUUACAACACCAUUUCCAGCCGAAGCUAUACACCAAGAUAAGUUUCGUGUCAUGGUUUCGGAAGAUUCUUUAUUAUCAAGUUGCGCUAGUUUACACACUUACCAGACUUACAACAAAUGUUUCACAGGCCCUUUUAGCAUUUUAUCUCAUUGACGAUUUGUACAUGGUCGAAUCAUCGAAGGCAGUGGUUCCAGCAGUUAUAUACAUGUCUAGUUUCUUCACUUCCAUAUGGCUCCAGGAAUGUCACUGGACAAGCUUCAGACUCAAAGCCGCCUUUACAACAGGAGCAUCACUUUGGCUUUUUUGCGGGGUUGGAUUCUUUUAUUUGUCUAGUUCGUUUCAACUGUACAUAUAUCCUCUAGCGUUGGUUGUCGGAACAGGCAAUGCACUAAUGCUGGUUACUGCUACCAGCAUGGAAGGAUUGCUAGUUGGCCACAGCUUAAGUGGAUGUGCCUUCGUUUAUGGCUCCCUGAGCUUGUGUGAUAAACUUGCGUGUGGAUUCGCUCUCUACGCGAUUGAAGCGCUUCAUGGAACCGAGACACCGGCAUUUUGCUUGCUCAAUGGACGCUGCAGCGUCUCUCUGGUUCGACGAGUGCUAGCUCUGGUUCCAGGAGGCUGUGCUGUCGCCGCAGCAGUCAUCGCCUUGACAGCCAAGUUCGAGAGAAGAGGCGAGAACGAUCCUCUGCGCGAGGAGCUCUUGCUUCCUCAAGCUCAGAGUAGCAGCAGCAGCACCACCACCACCAGCGAGAUAAUCGAGAUUCCAUCGCCCGGAAGAGAUCCAGAAGCGCCACUCUGGACGAAAAUGGCUCACACAAUGGUAGGACGAUGGGGCUCGCUCAGAGAACCAAAAGCUCCUUGGCUCGACACGCCUUAGUAAAUUCAAAGAAAAGCUAAAGAAUAUUCACAUACGAAUAGCCUUAAGAAUUUUCGAAUAAAGAAUGUUCACACUGUAUCGUCAA